AUGCACCCCGAGGCUUCCGGCACGCCUACUUUUGUCGGGUCUUCAACCGGUGCGACAUCCCACUACGACUUGGAUGGCCAAGACUGGGAUGCCCUCGCCUGCCGCCAAGAAUGGCCGAGACUUCAGGGUGCAGAGAUAUCUGAGGACUCUACGUUGGCCGACGCAUUAGUAGAACGGGUUGUGGGGAAGACUGAUGAGCAACAACAACCUAUCUACAUAUACGUUGAGCGCUUGCCUACCGCUGUCGCCUCCAGUGGUGUGACGGCUGCACCCUACUCGACGUUGACCGGUGCGCUUGGUGAGUGGGAAGAAGCGAAGAUAUCUGAGGAGCCAUGCCCAUCCACUGCCACAUCUACCGGCCCCACACUGCCGACCUCCCCUGCGUCUGGUGACCGCACCACCUCACUCCCAUCGACACAUCAAACAUCGAUGUAUGAUCUGCCAAUAUCAUCCACCUGUCAUGAAGCAUCGGAAGCGGUCGAGGUGUAUGCCACCCCCGAGUCGACAUACGCUAGCUACUGCGACCUUACCGGGUCACCAUUAUCGUCAACAGCUCAGCCAACGGGAUAUGUUCAGCCACAUGACGGGAUCCGCACCGGGGCACUAGCAUCAAUUGAGGCAUAUGAUACUCCCAUAUCAAUGGUGACGCCUGGCGAAGACGGCGGGAGUAUAUCACCAAUGUUCUCUGCUUCACAGAUCACGCCUAUGGAAGGGUGGGGAGAGGUACAAAACGGGGAAGCGCUGGCUUAUCCAUACCUGGAAAUCGAUAAUCAGUUCCACGGGAACCUGGGAAGCUUCGUCCACAGCGAAGACACAGCUGUCGCGUACCCAUACAACAUCGAUUUGCAAGAUACGGAAAACUUCGACCACGUCGUGUUCACAGAUACGGGCCUCGGAGGCACAUGCAGUAAUGGAGACAAUCAGCUCUACGUACCGGAGGUAGGACAAACCCAGGAGGACUUGUCGUAUAUCCCUAUCGGACAGCGGCCAGCUCAUCUCGCUAACCUUGGGCAGCCUUCACACGAUGCCCAGGAGGUACAAGCUGACUUCCUUGUACGCGGCAACCACGGAUCCAAGCCAAGUAUGGCCGGCACAGGGAAUAGGCUCUUCAAGUAG